UUUUAAUGACAUACUCUGGAGUCAUAACACUAUUAUAAAAAAAAUAGUUUGAUUUUUUCACUUUAAAAAAAGGUAAUUAUUCUGAAGGUUGCAUUGGUUAUAUUUGAAUAAAAGUAGUUAUGUUUUUUUUCAAUUUAAGCUGUUUAUUUAAGAAGUAUUUCAAGUUUACGUACGUUCAAAUAUUGAAAUUUACAGUCGAACUAGGCUGGGGUCUCUCAGAACCUCAUGUGCCAGCUAAGGGUUAAUAGGAAUUCUUUUUUUAUAUAGAUAUGUAUAUGUAUAUAGACGUAAAAUAUAAUUAUAUUAUACUUUAUGCAUGAAACCAACAUGUGCGUAUACUUGAUGCCAUUUUUAUACAUAUUGUAAAAAAUAAGAUUAUACUAACAUAAUUAACUGGACACAUAUAUUAUAAGAGUAAAUUGUAUACUUCACUUAUAAACAACAAGCAGAAAAGAUGAGUAAAUGGGAAAAGGUAGCCAGGAUAUGCACAUGCACAUACCGCAUUAUUUCACAUUGAAGUGUACACUUCGGUGGCACAAGAUCGACUGACGCAUCGAAAGGCACGGCUGCCUAGCGCUCUUGCGCUUACGUACAUUGAAGAAGGAAGCACCUCUUUUUCUUGUAUUUUCUUGGUACGUCUAGCGAUGUACUUAUUACGUGAAAUAUCUGUUUUAUUAGGCACCUCGAUACUUUUACAUUGUUUGGUACAUUUACAGCACGUUACAUCUAUUUUUCAUCGUAUAAUAAUGAAAAAUUACUAAAUUGUAACUUUACUUUACUUUCGUCUGAACAUCAGAUAUUAUAGAAGAUAUUAUAGUAGAAGAUAUAAUAAAAAUUGGAUAAGGAAGAGAUGAUAUUCAUUGCUUAGUCGGAAGCUUUCAUUGACAAAGCUACUCACACCGUUACUCUAAAAAUGGUAGUUGCAGGCGCACGUUGUUUAAAGCUCCACCGAACUCUGUUUAUUAUUGCGGGAUUAUGGCCAUAUCAGAAACCAUUUAUUUGGCAAAUACAAGCAGUAUUCUUUUUCGGUGCAUACUGCUCCAUGUUCUUUUGUCAGUUUACGCCGUUCUUAACAACGACUUGUAACAUGGAGUGUAUCCUAAAACGAUUUACUUAUAUUUGUAUUACUGUGGUCUUCAUUUUGAAUUACUACUCAUUCUACUUCAAUUCUGAAGUUGUAAAGCAAAUGUUUGAACAUAUGCAGUUUGACUGGAAACUGUUUGAAAAUAGUGACGCAAUGAAAAUAUUUGAAGAAUAUCUCUUUGACUCUUAUAUUUUGGCAUAUUCUCUGUGCUUUUUUUUUGUACUAGCUACACCUUGUGCUACGAUUAUUGAAUGUAGAUCUGUCAUUCUUGAUGUUAUCAUACCGAUGAAUGAAUCGCGAUCAAAUAAACUUGAAGUGGAUAUUGAAUUUUUCAUCAAUAAAGAACAAUAUUUCUUUUUGUAUUUAGUGUCGGAGGUAGUAGGAGUGGCAAUCGGAUGUUGGUCGGUGCUUUCGACUCUAACGUUCCUAACUACAGUAGUGAAACAUUCAUGUGCAACAUAUAAAAUUGUUAGUUAUUUAAUGCAAAAUACAGUAACUGUCUAUAUGCUACAACGUCCUGUUGUUCAAAGAAUACAAUACAUGCACCGGAAUAUUUGUCUUUCCAUUUACAUUCAUAGAAGAACAUUGGAGUUCUGCAAAAGCUUAUUACUUUCGUUUAAUAUAUGGCAUUUUCCAACAGUUUUAAUUGGCAUAUUGUCCUUAAGUUGCCUCCUAUUUCGUCUAUACAAUGCUAUAAUGCAGUUCAAUGAUUUGUUUGAUAUUUUAAUGUCCUCUGGAACUUUAUUUGGUUGUUUCCUAUAUAUACUUAUGGCGAAUUUUCUUGCACAGUCUUACACUGAACACAGUGUAGGAAUAUUAGUAUCUACGUAUGAUACUCUUUGGUAUGUAGCGCCACUACCUAUUCAGAAAUUGUUCUUGAUUAUGCAAAAAUGUAUAAGGAGUCAUAAAGUAAUUUUGGGUGGUCUUUUUGUUAUGUCCAUAGAAGGAUUUUCUACGCUUGUGACUUCAGCUAUAUCAUAUUUUACUGUUAUAAACGCUAUGCAUUUAUGAGUGACGAAGAAAUAGCAAAGAAGAUUUGGUUAGAGCAACGCUGACAUGCUUUAUAAUUGUUCUUAGAAAGAUAAGUGAUGAAAGCUUUUAAAGAAAGAAAGGAGCUAUCUAUGUUAUACAGGAUGUUUCACAUAAGAGUAAAAACCUUUCGUCCAUAGGUAGAUCUCGUCAAAGUGAAUAAAAAUGUUCUGUACCACUUUGCAAACAACCACGUAAAAUUUUGAGAUAUUAAUAAAAGAAGAUUAGCGAAUCAGUACGCACAUUAGUGCGGCUCGUGCAGCGGGGCCGGCGGUAGACUAUCAGUGAAUAGAGAGGGCGCGCUUCACAUCAAUGAUGCCAGAAAGUGCGCGACGAUCCGCGGGACCACUCCCACUCCAUCCCUACCGCACGCUACAAAGCACGCUUUCUGGCAUCGCUGCCUCCAUUGCGCCUCACUGCACCGUACCCAACAACGAGAGCCCUCCUACCGACGGCCUGCACGAGCCACGCUAACGCGUAUACUGAUUCGCUAAUCUUCUUUUAUUAAUAACUCGACAUUUUUCGUGGCUGUUUGCAAAGUGGUACAGGACUUUUUAAUUCAAUAUGACGAGAAUCUACCUAUGGGCGAAAAGGUUUUAUUAUGUGAAACACCCUGUAUGUAAUUGGCACGUAUCGAUUUUUCGGACAAGACAUUGUUACAGUAAAUUUGGCAGUAUAUAUUGUAUUUUAUUACUUUAUGUUUUCCUUUUCUUUUUUUGGGGGGGGGGGAAUAUUAUUUGCUAAUUAUUAUACUUUAUAAAACAUGCAUUCCUAAGUUUGAUGUUGUAAUUCUAUAUUGUAAUUAAUUAUGAUGCGUGAUAAAAUAUUAAUAUACUGUUUCAUUGCUCUACUUAAUAUGACAACCUCAAUCAUUUAAUUAUGCAAUCAUGCAAUCAUGGUAUAUGAUGAAGAGACACGAAUAUAAUGUCUCGCGCCAAGUUCACGCCAAGAAGCAAUGCUCGGGCGGCGAGAUUCCCCGUAGCUUUUUACGCGAAUUGUAGCUUUAAUUCUUCUAAAUCAUCACUAAUUAUUAUAACUGAUAUCCAUUUGUGAAUUUUACCAAAAUACUAUCUUCGCAUGAUUGUAUAUUAAAAUGUAUAUUUAAAAAGUGUGUGAUAGUCAUACAUAACUUAGGGGUUUUGUGAAAAGGUUCAAGAAAGUCGUCUAUGCCAAGUACACGUGCCGCUGGGUUUUAUUGAAAAGAUAUACGAUAACAUUGGUAUACAACAAAAGGAAUGCUCAAAACACCGUUAAAUUGUUACAUAAUUUUUGUCAUAGGUUUGGAAAACAUAUUAUAGCAUAAACUUUUUAACUGGAAAAAACUUUGCAGCUGAAUGAACGGUUUAUUGAAAAUCAGCUUCUUCUUCGACGUCUCAUAGUGGACUGAUUAGUCGAUGGCGAUAAUUAGUUGCGCUUACGCUUCCAUAAAUUAAAAUAUGAAUUGCGUCUGUGUACUUUUCUCAUCAUGUUCUAUAACUCACUUAUUUCGCGAUAUGUUUUUAACAUAACGUUACCAAUACUUUUAUAUUUCGUGUAUUUAUAAUCUCAUCACCUUUUCUCCGCUUAAUAAUAGAAAAUAAUUAAA